AUGUCCCUCUGGAGGUACGUGGCACAGAUCUCAACCGACCAACCCCUGCCCACUCACCAAUUCCCGGGCUACCGAGACAAGAUAGAAAUUAACAAGCUUCACAGCUCCUACCGUGGCCUCACCCCCAAAACCCGGGCCCUGUUCGGUAUCGGCGUCAUGGCCUGGGCAGGCAUCGGACUCUGGACCACGCCCCAAGUAGAAAACGCUUUGGGCAUGCAGCCCUCGAAGGAAGAGCAGGAUGCACUGGAUCGGAAGUUGGCGGUGCGUGUGUCGCGUGUCGGAGGAGAGGGCGUCGAGACAUCGAAUACCCGGGUCAACUGA